AUUAAAAAGAUCCUUGCUCUAAUUAACUAAGUGUAAGAAGACCCCAAACAAAAAUGGGAGCUUCUUCUCCUGACUUCCGAGCCCCUCCUCCAUCCCCCGUAGCAUCCAGCCGCCGGGCCUCCUUCACGGCCAACGAAGACGUCCUCUCGGAGUUCCUGGACAAGUGUGGUCGAGUCCCAAAUCUUGUAUUGCCCGAUAAAGUCUUCCCCAAGCACACAUUCCUUCUGAACCCUCCCACCUUCGAUUUCCUCCGGUUGGACUCCCUCUCGACCAUGCUGGAUGCCAUCGCCACCAUCGGUUGUUUUCAGCUCGUUAACCACGGUGUUCCAGAGGCUAUGGUGAAAGCCGCCAUGGACAGAACCAUUUUCCACGAUGAGACGGAGGAGUUUGUUUUUUAUAAAGAUAUUGCUGAUGAUCACACGGCUUGUUAUUCAGAUUUGAGGGAGUUGAUGGGUGAGGCAGAGAGGAUAGGGAAGGCGGUGAGAGAAAAGCUAGGAGCAGGAAGAAGCCAAAAGGAAGAGGACGAAGGGGUUAGGGUUUGCUACGUGAAUAAACAUAAUAUUAAGGGUAGCAAAAACGAAUCAAAGGAAGAAGCCAUAAGGAUGCUGAUAAGAGGGUAUGACGAAAGACAUUCUCUGUGUCUCAACUUCUGCCAUGCAGAGUUCCACGUCUACUCCAAGAGAGGUUGGGUCUCCUUCUCCCCACGUCCGGAUGCUGUGGUCGUGACGGUCGGAGAUGAAGGCUGGAGCGGCAGAUUCAAGGAUGAAAGGGCGUUGCUUGAGUUGCUACUCUCCUUAAGAUUGAUGGAGCUCGUGGAGAUUGAAAUCGAAUCCAAGAGAGGAGGUUUUGUAACUUUGUAUUCAUUCGGUUAUCAAUCUCCUUCCCAAUCCAUCUGAAUAGUUAUAUUUGUAAAUUUCGGUUAGUAUGGAGAUUUCGACACUGCGCACGAAUCAGAUAGAUAUAUACACUGAAGUAUUACUUACGUAACCCGAGAUUAGGCGGUGCAAGCACAUAUCCACCUUCGAGUAUUUCACUGCAAGAAAGCGUAACGUUUACA